CCCUGCGGUUCCAGCACAGAAUGGCAUUAAACCACACCUCGCUGCCUCAGGAUGAGCGCCUGCCACACUACCUUCGAGAUGGGGAUCCCUUUGCUUCCAAACUUUCUUGGGAAGCGGAUUUAGUGGCUGGCUUUUACCUGACAAUAAUUGGGAUUCUGUCCACAUUUGGAAAUGGAUAUGUCCUUUAUAUGUCUUCUAGACGAAAGAAGAAGCUGAGGCCCGCUGAAAUAAUGACUAUCAAUUUAGCGGUCUGUGAUCUGGGGAUUUCAGUUGUAGGCAAGCCGUUCACUAUCAUCUCUUGCUUCUGUCACCGCUGGGUGUUUGGCUGGAUCGGCUGCCGCUGGUAUGGAUGGGCUGGAUUUUUCUUUGGCUGUGGAAGCCUUAUCACCAUGACUGCUGUCAGCCUGGAUCGAUACUUGAAAAUCUGCUAUUUAUCUUAUGGGGUUUGGCUGAAAAGAAAGCACGCCUACAUCUGCCUGGCAGCUAUCUGGGCCUAUGCUUCCUUCUGGACCACCAUGCCCUUGGUAGGUCUGGGGGACUACGCACCGGAGCCGUUCGGAACCUCGUGCACUCUGGACUGGUGGCUGGCCCAGGCCUCGGUAGGGGGCCAGGUUUUCAUCCUGAACAUCCUCUUCUUCUGCCUCUUGCUCCCAACGGCUGUGAUUGUGUUCUCCUACGUAAAGAUCAUUGCCAAGGUUAAGUCCUCUUCCAAAGAAGUAGCUCAUUUCGACAGUCGGAUCCAUAGCAGCCAUGUGCUGGAAAUGAAACUGACGAAGGUAGCGAUGUUGAUUUGUGCCGGAUUCCUGAUUGCCUGGAUUCCUUAUGCAGUGGUGUCUGUGUGGUCAGCUUUUGGAAGGCCAGACUCCAUUCCCAUACAGCUCUCUGUGGUGCCAACCCUGCUUGCAAAGUCUGCAGCGAUGUACAAUCCCAUCAUCUACCAAGUUAUUGAUUACAAAUUUGCCUGUUGCCAAACUGGUGGUUUGAGAGCAACCAAGAAGAAGUCUCUCGAAGACUUCAGACUGCACACUGUAACCACAGUCAGGAAGUCUUCUGCCGUGCUGGAGAUUCAUGAAGAGUGGGAAUAACAAAUGUUCUUGUUGUGAAGAGUGCAUGUGAAGUGCUUACACAGCAUCUGGCACAUGCAGAGAAACUAGCUUACAAAUGUUACUUUUCUGACUUCUCGCCUCCACUCCACUUACCCUGUCAGGAAAAAAUAAUUCACAAGGAAUAUCAAAACAAUGAUGCACCAUAGGAGUAUCCAAGUAUCUUAGCUGAAUUAUCUCAUUCUAGUAUAGUGGCAGAGUUACAACUAGAGAGUGCUAUAAACCCAUGCUUUCAACAUCGUGCAGUGCACACCUCAGGCUGGUGAGUAAGGACCUCACUUUCUACUGAACUGGGGCUUGUGAAAGCUGGUAUGGAAAGCUUGAUCCAAGGAGAUCGGGCUGUGUCUCUAAAUAGGGCAGCUAUGCUCCACGUGUGUAAUUUGAUUUGUUCUGUUGCAGAUGAUAUAUUGGGCAGAGGUGAGUAUGGACUGGUGAAAAUCUAUUUUGAUGAUUGGCAAAGCAGGGUAAGGGGGGUCUUUUACUGAUAGGAAGCAUCAUCAGUAGGAUUUGUCCCUGAUGCCUUUACCAUAGCCUCUGAGCACCUCUCAAGUUUUUUCAGGCCAGCUCCAGUUUCAGCGAGGAUAGCGUGGGCUUUCUAUGCCCAAAAUAUUCUUACUACAGUUAAUGUGUAGGUUAUUGCCCCAGCCCAGCUACAGGUUCCCAUACAUGAGUUCCAUGUAUGCAGAAAC